AUGGACAUAUUUAAGGUUUUUGAAGUUGAGAGGGAGAAAACAAUGAAGUUGUUGGACACCAACAGAAGUAGAAUUGCCAUUACAACGGAUAUGUGGACAUCGAAUAAUCAAAAGAGAGGAUUCAUGACUAUCACAUCACAUUUCAUUGAUGAUGCAUGGAAUUUACAAAGCCAACUAAUAAGGUUUAUAUAUGCUCCAUGUCUACACACAGUGGAGGUACUUGCUGAUGCUUUAUUGGAAUGCAUGUUCGAAUGGAAUCUUGACCUGAGAGAUGGCUUAGAGGUGAUUAAAAAGAGUAUUGAGAAAAUUAGGUACAGUGUUGCAUUUUGGCUAGGAAUCCAAAAAAGAGAAGAGAAAUUUCUUGAAGCGGCCAGGCAGUUGAGAGUUCCAACCUCUAAAAUGUUAGAACUUGAUUGUAAAACUAGAUGGAACUCUACAUAUUCCAUGCUUAAGACUGCAAUGAUAUACAAAGAUGUUUUUUCUCAUUUGAAGCACCAUGAGCCGUUGUACAAAGAAGUGCCUAGUGAAAGGACCAAGUAUCCUAUUGCCAAUCUUUACUUUAAGAAUAUUUGUGCUAUUAGAUUAGCAAUUUAUCAUUGGCUUAGUUCUGAACAAGAAGAGGUGCAAGCAAUGGCAUUACAUAUGCAAACAAAGUUUGAGAAGUACUGGGAUACAAUGCAUGCUCAAGAGAUUAAGAAAUAUAAAGAUAUUAUCUAUGACUUGGUCAAGGAGUAUCAGUCAAGAUCUCAACAAAGUCAACAGGUGCAAUCUGAAUCUUUGAUUCCUGCUUCUUCAUCUAGACCAUCUAUGCCUAAACUUGAUUUGGUAAAUCAAUUGGAUGUGUUUGUUUCUCACUCGACUACCCAUGGACAUGUUAAAUCUGAGUUGGAUCAUUAUCUAGAAGAGUCUCUUUUACCUAGGAAUGAUGAUGAUGAUUUUGAUAUAUUAUGUUGGUGGAAAUCAAAUGGGAUCAAAUAUCCUACUUUGCAUGAUAUUGCUAGAGAUAUUUUGGCCAUUCCUGUAUCCACAGUUGCUUCAGAGUCUUGCUUUAGUACUAGUGGAAGGAUUAUAAGCCCUCAUCGUAGCCGGCUUCAUUCAAAAACAGUAGAGGCAUUGAUGUGCGCUCGCGAUUGGCUAUGGAGUGAGAUAAGAGAGUCUACCAUUGAAACCGAGAACAUCUCUUUUAAUUAUUUUAACAAGAAAUAUCUUAUUAAAAACCGGGGAUUGGGGCGGGUAUGGGAGGCACUUCCCCGACGGGGACGGGGACGGGGAUUCCCCGAAAAGCCUAAACCGGGGAUUGGGGCAGGGACGGGGACGGGGGUGGGGUGCGGGGAUGGGGAUGGUAUUGCCAUACCCGGCCCCUAA